AUGGCUGCCUGGCUGGAGAUAACCGCUUACAUCUGCUCUUCGUUCUUCUGCAGUGGGAAAUACCUGAAGUAUCAUCUCCCACCUGAACGCACAAGCCAAUGGAGAAAAGUGCUCUUUUGUUCUCCUUCGCGUGCUCCUCUUGGCCCUGUUUCGAAGGGAUGUACCAAAAGCAGAUAUCGGGCAUCUUCAGGAAACCCCCCCGGGCUCUCUAGCGAUGGCUAUGCUCCGUUUCUUUCUUUGACAAGUCGAGGUUUGACAUUUACUGCUCAAAAUACAGAUGAUACUGCUCCAGGACCAGGACACUAUAAUACUACCAGAACACAGAGAGCUGUAGACUCUAUAAAAAUCUGCAGAGAGGUGGGUGUUCCCUCUAUUCCUUCUCCAUGUCAGGCUUUUGGAUAUGAGGAAGCUGAAGAUGGCACUCUUAGAAAACAAUACCCACCUCAGAGAGACCUAACGUUAGGCCCAGCUUACUAUCAGCCACUCCUUGAUGUUACUUAUUCUACCGUGAAAUAUAAAGGAAUACGUUUUGGUAAUUUGAGUGGAAAACGCUGUGAGUUUAAACCUCCAGAAGGGCCAGGACCUGGGCAAUAUGACAUAACUCAGGAAGCGGCACUACGUUAUGAAAAUGUCAACAUCAAAAAAGAAGACAAGAAAAGAUAUGAGCUCUUCAUCCCACGGUAUCAUGAAGUGAUAGAAUUACAGGAAGAAAAGAAGGGUUUUCCAGGACCUGGACAAUACGAAAUAGAAAGUCAGUUUCAGAAGAGCAAAAAUACAGUACAGAAGGGGAAAAAGAUUCUAUAUGCUCCUUUUCUUUCACAGUCCAAAAGAUUUCUACCUAUGAGAUCGAUCACACCAGCUCCUGGCACAUAUAAUGACCCACACACGGCUCUUGAGUCCUUGAACAAAACAUCAGGAAUGAAAAGGAUUCCGUUUGGUCAAACUGCUGUUCGCUUUACUCAAGACUCCAGGCUAGAAAAAACACCAGGUUUGCAAUUAAUCCAAAUAUUGCUGAUAUCCCGACUACAUAACCUAAUAUUGAAUUUUCAGGUUAAAAAAAGUACUACAAAACCGCAUAAAAAGCAGAAACCAUUAUUUUACUACUUAACAAGAGAAAAAAGACCAGCAGUUGCUAUGAAAUGGGAUAUUGAGUGGGAUAAGAAUUGGGAUAAGAAAUGGGAUAAGAAUUUUGGCAAGAAAAAGGCUUAG